GACAGGGUGAGAGAGAGAGAGGGAGAGAGAGAGUUAUGCUGCACUGCACUGCGUGCUCUAUUGCAUGUUAGAAAAAGACAGGGAGCUUUAAAAUACGUUUGAUCUUUUCUUUUGCCAUUCUAGUCCUGUACACGUACGCACACACACACACACACACACACACACACACACACACACACACACACACACACACACACACACAGGUGAGAGUAAAUUCGAGAAGUGGGUGUGGAGCGUGAGUUUAACUGGUAGAGCAGCUUACUACACUUUCACAUCACAUCCACUCUUCAUUGCAGCGUGUCCUGCGGAGCUCGUAGCGCGGCUGUGUCGGUCCUCCGCAUGGAUAUGAAGAACAUGAGAGAGUAUGUGGGCUGGCUGUACUAUCAGUACCUGCUCAUCACAGGCAUCUAUGUGCUGGAACCGUGGGAACAGUCCAUCUUCAACACGCUCCUCUUUACUAUGGUGGCCAUGGUCAUUUACACCUCCUAUGUGUUUGUGCCUAUUCACGUGCGGCUGGCGCUGGAGUUCUUCUCUGAGCUGGUCCGAGGGCAACCGGAGAGCACAGUGGCCCUCAUGAACUCACGAUGAACUAUUGAUCUGCUGUGUGAUUAUUGGCUUGAAAACACUUGUUUAUUUUUCCACUCAGGAACAAACAAGUCUGAUGAAAUGAGGUGUUGUCAAAGCCAUGUUCAAGCCCUUCAAGUCUUCCACAUUUACCUGGAUUCCUGCCCCAUCAUGGGAUUUGUAUGCAAAGAUUUGGAUGCAUUCCUGCGUGAUCGCCAGUACUAAGGUUCUGCAUGAUAUCACUCAUCACAUACGGACACUUCUUUGUGAUUAACAUCCUCAUCAUCACUGGUUGAUAAGAAUCUAAUCAUAAUUUUGAUUCUGUAGGAGUCCCUGAUCAGACUAAGGAGUUAUUAUUUACCCCAGUGCAAAUUAAAAGUCUUUUUUUUUAUUACUGCAUGGUGAAUUUCAUAUUCUGGAAUUUUUGUAAUCACCUAUGCAAUAUGACUGCUCUACAUGAAGGUAUAUACAUGUUUAUUUUGAAUACAGAUUGCUGCACUUGAUCGCAAAUCAGUAGGCCGUCAAUGGAGCCCAUUUUAAACUCCUGUGUUGAUUGGACCUUUGUUCUGGUGGUGGUGGGACCGUCUUCCAUCAUUUCUUUAGUCACUGUUGCUGAUACAAAGUUGCAUGCACAAAAAUGUUUGCAUGUAAUCUGUGCCCUGCAGACGUGGAACAAGUGUCAAUCACACAUUUUUAGGCACUUGCACAUUUAUUUAUUAAAUACUUAAUAUGGUUAAUAUUGUCAGCCACUAAAAGAAUGUAGUUCAGUUGAUCAUAUUUUACCAUGUUUAAAUCAAUUCCACUGAUUUCCUAGUUUGGAUUUCCUGUUUUGGCCUUAUGAAAUUAUGACUGAAGUUACCAAAAAUAUUUUUUCUUAAUUUGUGUUUGUCUGGUUAUUUGAUGUGACAUGCUUUAAAUGAUGUUUUUGUAUUUUUAACUGUCUGUGUGAUGUGAUGUCAAAACACGUCUCAUGGAAUAAUGACACACUGGCAAAUGAG